AUGGUGAAAUCAAUUCGAGAUGGAAAGUCAAUCAACUUCAAUGCGAUUGCUCCAAGAUUGAACGUUCCAACUCAAACUGAAGCUGUUGCAAGAGAAACAGAGAUGGCCCAAAACAAGAUUCUCUAUUCUGCAAAGCUUGACGAGAACAUGCGAAGAUCAGCCUACUUUGAGACAAACAAGAGGACCGUCAAAUCAAACAUCAUGCUGAAGUUUGUGACAAAGCAAUGGAUAUCAAGCUUUGAGGUGAAGCCGAUUUCACGACUACUCUUGAAGAUCCGAUCGAACUCUUGA